AUGGAUGAUCUUCGUGCGUUUGGAGGCAAGCGGACCCCAGCGGCCAAAGUGAAGGACCCUGGACAGUACGGACGGUGGUUGGUUCCAGUCAACAGCAGCAAUACCCAUUGGUGGCUGUUGGUCGUCGACACCAGGGCGUGUGUCAUGACUGUGUACGAUUCCCUCGAGGCCAAGCCUGCAUGGGCGCACACCAGGGUGAUCAAGAUGGUGUCCCGAUACUUCAUGCCGGUCAUAAACCCUGCCGCGUGGGAGAUCCGGCAUCCUGACGUCCCCAGGCAGAACGACACCCAGAGCUGCGGCUACUAUGUGGCCGAGUUUGGACAGCGCCUGUGCACCGGGCAGAGCGUGGGCGCCUCACCAGUGAAUGUCAGUGAGAUCGUUCAGACGGUGCUUUCCAUGAUGCUGGGCUUCAACGUUCGCAAGUUUGGGGCGUAG